GUUUGACGAGAAAACCAAGGCCCUCCUUCAAAGUUCACUGUGCGAUGCGCCUGAGGAACUAUGAGGGAAAGUGCCAAAAAUGCCAGACAGAAACCGUGCCCUGUGUCAGGUUAGGGGGUUCCAAAAGGUGCGAGCUCUGUAACCAGCGCAAUGAGGAAUGCUCUGGAUUCAGCCACAGUCAGGACGUCAAGUCGGCUUCACAGCCUUGCAAUCGUUGUGGCAGGACAAUUUCGAACAACUCUAUGAGGGAUCAGCUGCGCAUUUGCGAAGGCAAGUGCAGCGAGUGUGAGAAAACUGGUGUUCCGUGCAUCCAGAAAUCACCAAAUAGCCGCUGUAACAGCUGCGACACACUUGGAUAUGAGUGUGCCAACUUCUCCCAUGAGGACCACGUCAUACUAAAUGACUUCAAGGUCUGCUAUCGAUGUGAGAAUGACAUACUAUGGGCGUACUUUGAUAGACAUCAAAGAAAUUGUCCCGGCAAGUGUGACCAAUGCACAAGCUCGAGCAUCCCUUGUGUAAGAACAAGGUUCGGCCACCACAAGAAACAAGGCUGCGAAAGUUGUACCAGCAAGGGAUUUGAAUGUACGGGCUCUUUUCACGCCGAUGCUCUAGAUAUGACGGAGAAACCAUGUAGGCAUUGUGGCACGUCUCUCUUAGAACGCCGACUCCCAUGGCACGAGAGCCGUUGCAGAGGCAAGCGCCGUCGUUGCCGAGACCUCGACGUGCCUUGCACUCGCUUGCGAGGAGGAAGGGGAAAGUACGACAGAUGCACUCAAGAUCAAGAAGAGUGCGACAGACGAUGGUUUAAGGAUAAGGAGGACGAUUAAGCCUAAAUGAGCACGAAGAACUUACAGCUAGAGACACCGAAG